CGGAAUUCAGGAGGAGAAGACAUUUUCCUGCCCCGAGUGUGGGGAAAGAUUUACCUCUGAAUUAAGUCUUUCUGAACAUCAGAGAUCUCAUAUGGGUGAGAAGCUUCUUUCCUGCUCAGAGUGUCAAAAAUGUUUUCUUUAUAAAUCAGAGCUUGUCACACAUUACAGGUCUCAUACAGGGGAGAAGCCAUAUUCUUGUUCUGAGUGUGGGAAACAUUUUUCACAGAAGUCCAAUCUUUCUGAGCAUAAAAGAUUACACACGGGGGAGAAGCCAUAUUCUUGUUCUGAGUGUGGGAAACGUUUUUCACAGAAGUACAAUCUUUCCGAGCAUCAGAGACUGCACACAGGGGAGAAGCCAUAUUCUUGCUCGGAGUGUGGGAAAUGUUUUUCACAGAAGUCCAAUCUUUCUGAGCAUCAGAGAUUACACACAGGGGAGAAGCCAUAUUCCUGCCAUGAGUGCGAUAAAUGUUUUUCACAGAAGUCCAACCUUUCCAGACAUCAGAGAUCACACACAGGGCAGAAGCUGUUUUCCUGCCCUCAGUGCGGGAAAUGUUAUUCACGGAAAUCAGAACUGGUUAUACAUCAAAGAUCUCACACGGGGGAGAGGCCAUAUUCAUGCUCUGAGUGCGGGAAAUGUUUUUCCCAAAAGUCCAAUCUAUUCAAACAUCAGAGGUUGCACACGGGUGAGAAAUCAUUUUCUUGCUCUGAAUGCGGAAAAUGUUUCUCACAACAAAUCCAUCUUUCUAUACAUCAAAGAUUCCACACGGGGGAGAAACCAUAUUCCUGCCCUGAGUGUGGAAAAUGUUAUAGACAGAAAUCAGACCUUGUUACACACCAAAGGUCUCACACUGGGGAGAAGCCGCAUUCCUGCUCUGAGUGUGGAAAGAGUUUUUCAAAUAAGAUCAGUUUUACCAGGCACCAGAGAACGCACACAGGCGAGAAGCCAUAUUCCUGUUUUGAGUGCAGAAAAAGUUAUUUAUAUGCGUCCCAGCUUUACGUACAUCAGAGGUCUCACACGGGCGAGAAGCCGUAUGCUUGCCCUGAGUGCGGCAAAUGUUUUUCGAGGAAGACUCAUCUGAACAGACACCAGAGAUCUCACUGCAAAUCUCACAUGGGGAAGAAGCUGUAUUCCUGUCCUGAGUGCGGGAAAUGUUUUUCACAGAGGUCCCAUCUUUCUGAGCAUAAGAGAUUACACACACGGGAAAAUCCAUAUUUCUGCCCUGAGUGCGGGAAGUCUUUUUUACAGAAGUACAGUCUUUCCAGACAUCAGAGAUCACACACAGGGGAGAAGCCGUUUUCCUGCCCUGAGUGCGGGAAACGUUAUUCACAGAAAGCCAAUCUUUCAGAGCAUAGGAGGCUACACACAGGGGAGAAGCCAUAUGUCUGCCCUGAGUGCGGGAAGGGUUUUUCACUGAAGUGCAGUCUUUUCAGACAUCAGAGAUUACACACAGGGAAGAGGCCAUUUUCCUGCCCCGAGUGUGGGAAAAGUUAUUCACGGAAAUCAGAACUUGUUAUACAUCAAAGAUCUCACACGGGGGAGAGGCCAUAUUCAUGCUCUGAGUGCGGGAAACGUUUUGCCCAGCACACUCAUCUUUCUGUACAUCAGAGAUCGCACACGGGGGAGAGGCCAUAUGUCUGCCCUGAGUGCGGAAACUGUUAUAAACAGAAAUCAGAACUUGUUGCACAUCAAAGAAAUCACACGGGGGAGAAGCCGUACUCCUGCUCUGAGUGUGGGAAGGGUUAUUCAGAUAAGUCCACUCUUACCAGGCACCAGAGAAUGCACACGGGCGAGAAGCCAUAUUCCUGUCCCGAGUGUGGAAAAUGUUUUUCACACCUGUCCCAUCUUUACACACAUCAGAGGUCUCACACAGGAGAGAAGCCGUAUGCUUGCUCCGAGUGCGGCAAAUGUUUUUCGCAGCAGGCCCAUCUUAAGAAACAUCAGAGGUCUCACACGGGCGAGAAGCCGUAUGCUUGCUCUGAGUGCGGGAAAUGGUUUUCGAGGAAGACUCAUCUGAACAGACACCAGAGAUCUCACUGCGUGUGGAUGAAGGGAAGGGGAGAUCAGACUACAUGACGGGACUGACCAUGUCACUGCAGUAGUGAUCAGACUGCACAGGCAGCUUCAUUGACUCUGGAGAGCCCCCUGCUGGAGGAAAGUGGAAGA